UGAAAAAAUAUAUGAACAAAUCGUUUAAAUAUUUAAGGGUAAGCAAUGAUGGUUCUGUCAUUCCCAAUAGAUGGCGACACGAGUGGCAAUUUACUAACCAAUAUUAACUUUUCAGUCUAAAAUCGUUGGUAGCUUAUUUUUUUUUUAAUAAAACUUUCAUGUCAGUAAACAAAGAACCAAUACUCCAGUUUUUUCAAAAAAAAAAAAAUCUAUAAAUCGAUAUGUGUAUAAAUUCACAUCCCUAUUAAAAGCAGAAUUUCCAGGAAUAUUUUGAAUAAACAGAGAUAGAAUACGCCGAAUAACAAUCUAGAAUUAGAAGAAAAGUGGUGCAAUCGACUGUAUACGUUUGUUACGACCCCGAAUUUUCGAUCUCGAGCAUCAGUGCAAUAUUUGAAUUGCAUAACCAUCUAGAAGAAGAUGUCGUACAACUAUAAUCAAACUCCCUAUCCAGGUCAACAGCAACCAGGCUACAACCCCGGUUAUCCCCCACCGCCCCAAGCGGGCUAUCCACAAGGCGGGUACCCCCAGGGUGGUUACCCCCCUGGCGGCUACCCACAGGGAGGCUAUGCCCCACCGCCACAGCCCGGCUUUCAGCCUCCGCCCUACAGCGAUCCCUAUGGGGGACAACAAGGUGAAGCACAUCCAUUUAAUAGCACAACUAAUGCACCCGGUUAUGGCGGUUACAAUCCGGAAGACCCCGAAAUCAAAGGGUUCGACUUCAGCGACCAAUCGAUACGUCGAGGAUUCAUCCGCAAAGUCUACUCGAUCCUCAUGGUACAACUCGCGAUCACUUGCGCUUUCAUAGCGCUGUUCAGCUUCGAACCGAAGACAAAACACUUCGUGCAGACCACCCCAUCGUUGUUCUUCGUCGCCUUGGCCCUCAUGAUAGUCGCGAUCAUCACUUUGGCUUGUUGUGGAGAGGUGCGCCGAAAAGCCCCGAUGAACUAUAUCGUCCUAUUCAUUUUCACUAUUGCCGAAGGAUUUUUACUAGGAGUAUCGGCUAGCACUUAUGACCAAGAUGCGGUUAUUAUGGCCGCCGGUAUAACUACUGUUGUAUGUUUGGCUCUUACCCUGUUUGCUUUCCAAACAAAGUACGAUUUUACCAUGAUGGGUGGGAUCUUGUUGGUUGCGGUUGUUGUUCUCUUUAUGUUCGGUAUACUGGCUAUCUUUAUCCAUAAUAAAAUAUUCCAACUGGUUUACGCCUCGCUCGGAGCAUUGAUUUUCUCGUUCUAUUUGAUUUACGAUACGCAAAUGAUGCUCGGUGGUAAGCACAAGUAUAGUAUCUCGCCUGAAGAAUAUGUGUUUGCCGCUUUGAACUUGUAUUUGGAUAUAAUCAACAUCUUUAUGUAUAUUUUGGCCAUUAUAGGCAAUUCUAGGGAUUAAACUUGGGUAGUUUUAUGAUUUUUGUUUUAAUAAAGUUUUGUUUUUAGUUUUUGA